AUGGAUACAAGUAACGGAAAUGAUAUUAGUCAGUUACUUGAGAAUUUUCCUGAUAUGAAAGAAAAAUAUAAAGUUAUUGAAAAAGUUGGAAGUGGUAGCUAUGGUUCAGUUUAUAAAGCGGAAAACUUGAAAUAUAAAAAUAUUAGAACUAGAUCUCAGCAAAGACGUAAAAAUGAAGAGGCGGAUAGUUAUUACAAAUAUAUCGCUAUAAAGAAGAUAGUGGCAAUUUGCGGCGUAGACUUGAUAAAAAAUGAAAUUUCGGUCUUGAAAGCAAUUAAAGGACAAGAAAAUAUUAUUUAUCUUUUAUCUGCCUUUCGAUGUAAAGAUGAGAUUAUAAUCAUAACGCCCCAUUAUGAAUUUGAUGUUUUUAAGGAAUUUUUUACUACAGUGACAAUGGAUGAUAUUAAAGAAUAUUUUAGGUCACUAUUCAAUGCCCUAAAAAUUAUCCAUUCUCUUAAAAUCAUCCACCGGGAUGUUAAACCCGGAAAUUUUCUUUAUAAUAUAAAAGAAAAAAAGGGCACUCUGGUAGACUUUGGGCUUUCAGAGCAAGUGAAAUCUCAGCUCAACUCCACUCCUCUAAACCCUUUGAGUAAUUCUCGAUUUAAUAUUAUCAAACCAACUGAACCCUUAUCCACUCUCAUUAGCAAAGUUCCUCCCACUAGCGCACUUGCAAAUACUGUAAAAAAGAUGAUGAAUGCGAUGCAGAAUGAAAACGAUCCUCCUGCAAAUACUACAAAUAAGAAAAGGAAAGUUAAUGCUAUAUCCCCUGUGCAAUGUGAGAACCGUGGAGAAAGCUCUUCUCGAAAUAUAAUGCCGACAAAGCGAGCACGAACAUCACGUUAUGUUGAUGUCAUACCUAAAGAGUCGGAAAGGAAACCUUCCUUUAAUGGUCAUCGAGGUGGGACAAGGGGAUUUCGAGCUCCGGAAGUUUUGAUGAGAGCGGAGAAUCAAACAUCAGCAAUUGAUAUUUGGGCCGCUGGGGUAAUUCUAUUAACAAUUCUUGCCGGACGUUAUCCUUUUUUUAAUGUGGUUGAUGACACUGAGGACUUAAUGGAAGUCGCUAUUCUAAUCGGCAAGGAAAAAAUGAAGAAAGUUGCGGACUCUUUUGGGCUCGAAUUUCGCACAAAUAUUCCUUAUAUAACUGAUACGGGUAUUCCAUUCGAUAAACUAAUUUAUAAAUUACGAAGAGAGUUAUUUUCGAGCAAAGAUCAAUCGGCGGACAUUCACAAUGCCAUAAAUUUACUAAAGAAAUGCUUGGAGCCGAUUGCAUCGAAACGAAUUACGGCUGAAGAAGCAUUAAAACACCCAUUCUUAACUGUCUUUAUUGUGUUGACAUUAUUUAACGUGCAUUCGGUACUUUCACUAAGCAAUGCAUUACUUACCGUGCAGCAUUCAGAUCCUUCAAUAGUAAAUUGUGCAAAUUUCACCACUUGCGGUGAAUGUACAAGCCAUUUGCAAUGCGGUUUUUGUGUAACGACUAACCAAUGUGUGCAAGGUGGAUGGAAAGGACCUUUUAAAGAUCCAUCGAUAUGCCCAAGUUGGGAGUACCAAUAUGCUCAAUGUUUUGUUAGCACCAAACAAGCUCUAAUAUCAUUGGCAUCUGCUCUAUUCGGUGUUAUUUUUAUCUCAUUCUUGCUUUGUUUAUGUUGUUGCCUGUGUCAAUGUUGUAGACUAAGGAACAAUGACGAGGAAAGAGUUGCUCUUCUUGGAGAUUCCUUAGCUACACAUCAUUUUCGACGGGCAUCAUAUUAUAACUAUAAUCGAAAUCGACCCUUUGAAAGAAGGGGUAGAACUAUAAGUACGGGUACAGCAAAUAGUUUAAUGCAAUAUGGUCGUAAUUGGAGAGCAAGCGAUGAUUAUAUGUAUGGAUAUGGUGGACCUACUACACAAUCUAUGUUAUGGGUUAAUGAUAAUUCUGGAGUACCUACGGAUUAUUCUAUAGGAUCAAAUAAUAGUACUGGAGAAUGGCGCCGUUGGGAGAAAAAACGAGAAGAAUUAUUGGCUAAAUAUGCCAAGAGUAACAAUGAAGCCUAA